UUAUUUUGUAUUUACAGGUAUCCACCAGAAGCACCAGAGCUUCAAAUCAGGAAAAUGGCUGACUUAUGUUUUUUGGUGCAGCAUUAUGAUCUGGCUUACAGUUGCUAUCAUACUGCAAAGAAGGAUUUUCUUAAUGAUCAAGCAAUGCUUUAUGCAGCUGGUGCCUUGGAAAUGGCAGCAGUGUCAGCUUUUCUUCAGCCAGGUGCACCUAGGCCAUACCCUGCCCAUUACAUGGAUACAGCAAUCCAGACAUACAGGGAUAUCUGCAAGAAUAUGGUAUUGGCUGAAAGAUGUGUAUUGCUUAGUGCUGAAAUCUUAAAAAGCCAAAGCAAAUAUUCAGAGGCUGCAGCUCUUCUAAUACGGUUGACUAGUGAGGAUUCCGACCUUCGAAGUGCACUUCUUUUGGAACAGGCUGCACACUGCUUCAUAAACAUGAAGAGCCCCAUGGUUAGAAAAUACGCGUUUCAUAUGAUACUGGCAGGCCACAGAUUUAGUAAAGCAGGGCAGAAAAAGCAUGCUUUACGCUGCUAUUGUCAAGCCAUGCAAGUUUAUAAAGGAAAAGGCUGGUCUCUUGCUGAGGAUCACAUUAACUUCACUAUUGGGCGCCAGUCCUAUACUCUUAGGCAACUGGACAAUGCCGUGUCUGCUUUUAGGCAUAUUUUAAUAAAUGAAAGUAAACAAUCUGCAGCUCAACAAGGGUCUUUCCUCAGAGAAUAUCUUUAUGUUUACAAGAAUGUAAGUCAGCUCUCACCAGAUGGUCCUUUACCGCAGCUUCCUUUACCAUAUAUUAAUAGUUCAGCCACACGGGUUUUCUUUGGCCACGACAGACGACUUGCAAAUGGUGAAAAGCAAGCAGCUACUCAUAUAAGUCUUGAUCAAGAAUAUGACUAUGAGUCUUCUCAGCAGUGGCGAGAACUGGAGGAACAAGUUGUGGCUUUGGUUAACAAAGGCGUGAUUCCGUCCAAUUUCCAGCCCACACAAUACUGCUUGAACAGUUAUUCAGAUAAUUCGAGAUUCCCGCUUGCAGUUGUUGAAGAACCAAUAACGGUGGAAAUGGCUUUUAGAAACCCUUUGAAGGUUCCACUUUUGUUGACUGAUUUGUCAUUGCUCUGGAAGUUUCAACCUAAAGAUUUCAGUGGAAAGGAUAAUGAAGUUAAAGAACUAGGAACAAGUGAACCUGAAAUGAUUGGAGUUGAAGUUAUUUCAGAAUUCUUAAUUAAUAGUGAAGAAUCUAAAGUGGCAAGACUGAAGCUCUUUCCCCAUCACACGGGGGAGCUGCGCGUUCUGGGAGUUGUUUAUAAUCUUGGCACUAGUCAGGGCUCCACGACGUUAGAUGGCAUUGGUGCUCUUCCUGGAUGUCACACAGGAAACCAUUCCUUGAAUAUGUCAGUCCGAGGGAGACAAGAUUUAGAAAUUCAAGGUCCUCGGCUUAACAACACAAAAGAAGAGAAAACAUCUAUUAAAUAUGGUCCUGAUCGACGUUUAGAUCCCAUAAUCACUGAGGAAAUGCCACUGUUGGAGGUGUUCUUUAUACAUUUUCCUACAGGGCUCCUCUGUGGAGAAAUCCGAAAAGCAUAUGUAGAAUUUGUCAAUGUCAGCAAAUGUCCUCUUACUGGAUUGAAGGUUGUUUCUAAACGUCCAGAGUUCUUUACUUUUGGUGGUAACACGGCUGUUCUAACACCGCUAAGCCCCUCAGCUUCUGAGAACUGUAGUGCUUACAAGACUGUUGUGACAGAUUCUACCUCUGUGUGUACAGCACUCACAUCAUCAGCUUCUUCUGUAGACUUUGGCAUUGGCACAGGAAGUCAGCCAGAGGUGAUUCCCGUUCCCCUUCCUGACACUGUUCUCCUCCCUGGAGCUUCCGUUCAGUUACCAAUGUGGUUGCGUGGGCCAGAUGAAGAAGGUGUCCAUGAAAUUAACUUUCUGUUUUAUUAUGAAAGUGUUAAAAGGCAGCCUAAAAUACGUCACAGAAUAUUAAGACACACUGCAGUUAUUUGUACCAGUCGAUCUUUGAAUGUACGAGCCACUGUCUGCAGAAGUAAUUCUCUUGAAGAUGAGGAGGGCAGAGGAGGCAAUAUGCUUGUCUUUGUGGAUGUGGAAAAUGUCAAUACUAGUGAAGCGGGUGUUAAGGAAUUCCAUAUAGUACAAGUAUCAAGUAGUAGUAAACACUGGAAGUUACAGAAAUCUGUAAAUCUCUCUGAAAACAAAGAUGCCAAACUUGCCAGUAGGGAAAAGGGAAAGUUUUGUUUCAAGGCAAUACAAUGUAAGGAAAAAGAAGUUGCUACACAGUCCUUAGAAAAAUACACCUUUGCGGAUAUCAUCUUUGGAAAUGAACAGAUAAUAAGUUCAGCAAGCCCAUGUGCAGACUUCUUUUAUCGAAGUUUAUCCUCUGAAUUAAAGAAACCACCAGCACAGCCAUCAGUGCAUACAGAAAAACAGUCAGUAGAGGAUGCUGUGAGAUUAAUUCAGAAGUGCAGUGAGGUGGAUUUGAAUAUUGUUGUAUUAUGGAAGGCUUAUGUAGUGGAAGACAGUAAGCAGCUUAUUUUGGAAGGUCAGCAUCAUGUUAUUCUUCGCACUAUAGGAAAAGAAGCCUUUUCAUAUCCUCAGAAACAGGAGCCUCCAGAAAUGGAACUAUUAAAAUUUUUCAGGCCAGAAAACACUACAGUUUCAUCAAGACCAUCAGUAGAACAGCUUUCUAAUCUCAUUAAAACAAGUCUUCACUAUCCAGAAUCAUUUAAUCAUCCAUUUCAUCAAAAAAGCCUUUGUUUAGUACCAGUCACCCUUUUACUUUCCAAUUGUUCUAAGGCUGACGUUGAUGUGAUAGUUGAUCUUCGGCAUAAAACAACGAGUCCAGAAGCAUUGGAAAUCCAUGGAUCAUUUACAUGGCUUGGACAAACACAAUAUAAACUUCAGUUGAAAAGCGAAGAGAUUCACACUCUACAGCUGAAAGCAUGCUUUGUCCAUACAGGCGUUUAUAACCUUGGAACUCCUCGGGUAUUCGCCAAGUUAUCGGACCAAGUCUCAGUGUUUGAAACAAGUCAGCAGAACUCCAUGCCUGCCCUGAUCAUCAUCAAUAAUGUGUGACACCUUGCAAAGUUGUACUGAAAUCCACAAGAAUCAGUUUUAUUUUACUGAAUGGGUUUUACAGCAGUAUUUGAAAUACCUGACUUGUUCUGGAGGUUGGUUUCGGAUCACUGCAAAAUACUUUGGACUUGUCAAUUUGUUGACAAUGCAGAGCACGUUGGACUGAGAAUAUUGAUAUUCUUUUUUUUAAUAUUUCUUUAAACCUGGUAAUAAUUUACAUGUUCAUGAUACAGAAUUUCAACAUAUCCAUGCACCUUAUUAAGCCCCCACCUUAAAAAACAAUGUCUAAGUCUGCUGUUACAACUUAUCAAUGGUAUAUGAAUAUUAGGAGAUGAUUUUGAGGAAGGAAAGACCUUGUUGGCAAACACUCUGUUAAGCCAUUAGCCUAUAAUAAAUUCCUGCUUUACUGUGAAGUCCAAUAGAGUGUUAAAUACAAAUUUUUCUGUCUUGCUUCACAAUUCUCUAAAAUCAGUUUUGAACUUCUGUUAUAGAGUCAUCAUACUUCAGUAUCUUGUGGUUCCUAUGGCUUAUAUAUAACUUUGUAAAAAGAACAUUUUUUUUCUGAUGCUCUGAAUAUAGUUUUGAAAGGAGUUUGACUCCCCCCCCAAUUCAUCUCAGCAGAGAGUGCACUAUUUCACAGUAUGAAAUUUUUGUCAUUUAAAUUAUCAUAUUCUUUAUUAUGUAACUUUAACAAUUGAGUUGAUCUGUUUAAAAUAUAAAUCUCAAGUUAAUUAAAAAUAAGCUUUUCAAAAAUGUAUUAUAUUUAUAACAAAUGUACUGUAAAUAGAAUAAAGACAUCCUAUUCACUGUA